GUAAAGGCAGUUGCUGACGACUUCCUCCAAACAUAUUCAUCAACUUUGACCACUGACCGAUAGAACUGUCCAAACCUGACUAGCCACCUAACAUAGGUGGACGCUAGUUAGCACUAGCCUAGCCUGUGCUAACUAGCCGAACUGUGUACGUGCACUGUACAUUACACUUCCGUCAGCACAAGACCGAUAUUCAUUUAAGACAUUGAUUUGGCUGCUUAGAGAAACGAGUUGUUGAAGUUACAUUGAUGGUCGAAGUGGACGACGACAUCGACUGGACUUUUGUGGGGUGAGCGAGACAGCGGUGUAGCAUCAUGAAGAAAAAAUGUCCAGUAGAAGCCAGCACUAUGGGUUCCAGUCAGCCACCAUGGUGCAACCUGCCAAUGGCGGUCAUGCCUAUCUGUUUGGAAACAAUGGCUCAGAGAAUGACCUGUCAGAGGAGGAUGGGGAGAGCUAUGAGCUGCGGCCUCGUGGCAGAGAGAGGCUACGGAGGAGCACUUCCAGAGAAAGGAUGGACGAUAUUAUCUACCUGACCAGAGAUAUCCAAGAGGGUGACACUCUGAACAGCAUUGCCCUGCAGUACCAUUGCUCAGUGGCUGACAUUAAGCGUGCCAACAACCUCUUGACAGAGCAGGACUUCUUUGCCCUGCGUUCAGUUAAGAUUCCUGUGAGGCGCUUCAGCGUCCUCACUGAGACUCACAGCACUGGUCCUCUUAAAUCUGCCUCCCCCUCAGGUGCCAGACGCCUUCCUCAGAUCUCCCCUGUUACCUCCCUCCCUUCUGAGUCCUCCACAGACUCCUCUUCUUCUUCUACCGACAGUGUAGAAGGAUUUCUCCUGGAGAAGGACAAGGACAUUGAGCGGCUGGUGAAAUCGACAGGCCCGUCUCGGAGCAGCCUGAAUGAAGUUGUGUCCUCCUUAACGCUGCAGCAGCAGCAGCAGCAGCAGCAGCCGCUGCUAGCAGAAGUAGAGUAUAAACCCGUUCAGAGAAAGGACCCUUAUUAUGGAGCUGACUGGGGCAUGAGAUGGUGGACAGCAGUGGCCAUCAUGCUGGUUGUUGGUAUAGUCACGCCUGUGUUUUAUUUGCUGUACUAUGAGGUUCUAAUGAAAGCUGAUGUCAGCCAUCAUGGCAUUCCUACACAAGCUCAAAGCGACAUGUAUCAUGGAUCUCACCAUGACAGUAAUGUGGACUCUCAUGUUGGAGAACAUAACCAUGCAGGGGCUGGACCUGGACAUAAUGCUGGAAGUGUGGGUAAUGGGAAUCCCCAGGGACCAGGUGUGGACAAAGCAGGAGAUGGUGAACACAAUGGGAAAGACAAAACAUAGCAAGGGAUUAUAACUUUACAUAUAACUUUUUUGCUAACUCAGAGACCUAAUAAGCCUAAUAAGUGGAUGUUCCCAUUUUUUAAUAAUUUUUAUUGACUUAAUACAAUGCAAUCUGUCUGACUUGGACAGUCACUCGAUAGUGCUACAGUCAUUUUUAUAGGGUUGAGCGACUAGGAAUAAGGGUGUGGCCACAAUCAUUUCUUGCGUCUGUCCACUUGUAUUUAUAUGGUUUUCAACAAGGAAUGUUGAUGGGCUGGAAAUGGGUCCACCUGUCUCCUCUAUAUUUGUGUCCAUUUUGACAGACAUGUUAUAAUAGGCUGAACUGAUGGACAGGUUCCAGAGUUCAUGUAAUCAGCUAAGCCAGGAGAACUGAGGUGAUGUUUUUGUUUUCAGCUGGGCUGCUGCAUUCUCAGUAAGCUCAACACAAACAUUGUCCAAGGAGAGCAGAUCUCUCACCUGUUUCUUCAGUGAUGGAUCAGUGGCUACACCCUAAGAUGAUCAAUAACUCUGUGGAUGUGGUUAGAAACCACAUCCACAGAGUUACUCUCAAACAUAAGAUGUUUAUUCCAACUGUGUUUUUUGCCAUGUUAGUAAUUUUUCAAUGCUAUUUGUUGGAAAAGUAUGAAUGCUGCCACUGUGUUUAAUACAGAAUUAAUUUAUUUCACCACUAUUGAGCAUUUGUUUUUACUUACACUAUCAGUAUUGGGAGUUGCAGUCAAAUUAUGUCUCUGAAAAGCCAUGAAAGUUUCCUUAAUUUGAGCUUGCUUGAAGAGAAAUCUUUUCUUUUUCCAUUUAAAAAAAAAAAACCUCUAAGAGCAUGGUGAGGAAGAUGGGAAAUGCACAGUAUUCCCACAAUGACACUCAUACAGUACUUAUAAUUAUGUGAAAUUUUAGACUUUGUUAUGUAGCCCUUUUAUUUUCACUGUGUUCACAUUUUAUGACAAAGCAUUUUGUGUUGUUGACAGUAUGUGCCUUUCAACUUGUGGAAAUGUGACACAGGCUGGAGAAUAAAUACAUCUAUUUUGAAUAAAUUAUUGCCAGUGUA